AUGGCAGCCCGGUCACGCUUCGGUCGCUGGGCCGACAGGCUGGCCGUCGAGUCGGAGCCCGGCCUCACCGCCGCCCAGCUCAUGCUCACAAACCAUGACCUCAAGCCCGUCGAGCGCGAGCGCCGCCAAUGGGGCUCCUGGAACUUUGUCGGCUUCUGGAUCGCCGACUCGUUCAACAUCAACACCUGGAUGAUCUCGUCGUCCAUGAUUGUCGGCGGCCUGUCGUGGUGGCAGGCCUGGCUGUGCGUCUGGAUCGGAUACGCCGUUGCCGCCUGCUUCAUUGUCCUGACGGGCCGCAUCGGGGCCGUCUACCACAUUGGCUUCCCCGUCGUCGGCCGCGCCUCGUUUGGCGUCUGGGGCAGCCUGUGGCCCGUCUUUAACCGCGCCGUCAUGGCUUGCGUCUGGUACGGCGUCCAGGCCUACAUCGGCGGCCACUGCGUCUACCUCAUGAUCCGCUCCAUUUGGACGUCGUGGGAUCGCACGCGCAUGCCCGGGCCCUUCAACACCGACGCCACCAGCACCCCCGACUACGUCUCCUUCUUCAUCUUCUGGCUCUGCUCCCUGCCGGCCAUCUGGUUCCCCGUCCACAAGAUCCGCCAUCUCUUCACCGUCAAGGCCUACUUUAUCCCCCCCGCCGCCGUCGCCUUCCUCAUCUGGGCCGUCGUCCGCGCCGGCGGCAUCGGCCCCGUCGUCGGCCAGUCGAGUUCGCUCCGCGGCGGCGACCUCGCGUGGGAGCUGGUCAAGGGCGUCAUGUCGUCCAUUGCCAACUUUGCCACCCUCAUCAUCAACGACUGCGACUUUUCGCGCUUCGCCCGCAAGCCAAGGGACGCCCAGUGGUCGCAGCUGUUUGCCAUUCCCCUCGGCUUUGCCGUCACCUCCUUCAUCGGCAUCGUUGUCUCGUCGUCGUCGACCGUCAUCUACAAGGAGCCCGUCUGGGACCCGCUCAAACUCCUCGGCAGGUUCAUCGACGACGGCGGGUCGGCGCAGCGCUUCGGCGUCUUUGUCAUUGCGCUGGCCUUUGCGCUGGCCCAGCUCGGGACCAACAUUGCCGCCAACUCGGUCUCGGCCGGCUCCGACCUGACGGCGCUGCUGCCGCGCUACAUCAACAUCCGCCGCGGCGGAUACAUUUGCGCGGCCGUCGGGCUGGCCAUGUGCCCGUACAACCUGCUGACGAGCGCCAGCAGCUUCACCACGUACCUGUCGGCCUACAGCGUCUUCCUCAGCUCCAUUGCCGGCGUCAUGGUGACCGACUACUACCUGGUGCGCAAGGGCUUCCUCGACGUCAAGGAGCUGUACGAUGCGCGGCCGACGGGCCCCUACUUUUACACCUGGGGCGUCCACUGGCGAGCCUACGCCGCGUACGUCGCCGGCAUCCUAGUCAACGUGGUGGGCUUCGCCGGGGCCGUGGGCCGCGACGUGCCCAAGGGCGCCACCUACCUGUACAACCUCAACUUUUUCUGCGGCUUCAUCGUGUCGUCGGCCAUGUACUGGGGCCUGUGCCGGUUGUCUCCCAUCCCGGCGACGAGCAAGCGUUGGAUGGAGGUGGGCGACGACAUGGACGAUGUGUACGUGGCGUACAGCGACCAGUAUGACGAGGAGAGAGAUGCGAGCAGCAAGGACGAGGGGGGCGCAAAGAGAGUUGAUGAGCGAAGUUGA